AAGUGAGCAGCACAGAAAGUGGUACAGCCCAUGUGGAGGCAGGAAGCCUGCGAGAGAGAGGCAGUCAGUCAGUCUUGCUGGGACACUCGCUCAUACAACACAGUCCAUUCCUCGGAGCCAUGGAGAGAGAACCCUCGCUCGGACUGCGACUUUUCACAGCGCUCGUCGUCUUUUACGGACUCACCGGUGUGUCCAGUAACCUGGUGGUCGUCCCUGACAAAACCGACGCUGUGCUGGGCAAGAACAUUACACUUAGCUGCAGGAUCGAGGCGCCCCCUGACCUCAUCCUCAUCCAGAGCUCCUGGGAGCGUCAACUCCCUUCAGGCAAAGAGAUCUUGGCCGUGUUCCACAAAGAGUUUGGAACGUCCAUCUCUGCGGACUACGCCAGGCGCAUCUCGUUUGUUUCCCCCUCUGUCCACGAUGCCAGCAUUACCCUUGGAGGAGUCGACAUUGCAGAUAUCGGCUUGUACACCUGCAAAGUGUCGACAUUUCCGCUGGGAAAUUCCCAAGCGUCCACCAACGUCAACGUAUUAGUGGAGCCGAAGGUGUACGUCUCCGCCGGCCCCGCCACCCUGCUGGACGGCGAGAGCGAGUCGCUGGUGGCCACCUGCAUCGCCGAUCACGGCCGCCCCGCCGCCGAGGUCUCCUGGGAGACCGAUCUGCACGGGAGAGUGGAGAGGCAGAGUCGCGACGAGACCGACAGCACCACCAGCGUGCACGUGCACUACCUGUGGAACCCGCAAAGCUACGCACAAGGGAAGACGCUCACGUGCGUCGUGUACCACCCGGCCCUGCAGACAGAGUUCCGUAUCCCCUACACGCUCAAUAUUCAAUUUGCACCGAUGGUCUCAAUAACAGAAGUGGAGAAAAACUGGUAUGCCGGGCAAGCAAAUGUGAGGUUCAUCUGUGACGGCCAGGCCAAUCCCCCUGCCCGUCAGUACACGUGGGUCAGGUUGGAUGGGCCCAUGCCUGACGGCGUUGAGAUCGUAAGCAACGUGUUCAUGUUUAUGCGGCCGCUGCAGCUCAACGACUCUGGAGUGUAUCGAUGCGAAGUGACCAAUGACGUCGGCCUCCGCAGCCAGGACGUGUCCCUGUGGGUGCAAGAGCCCCCGUCCACCACGGCCAGGCCUAUCACCACCACCGCGCCAGACCACAUCUUCGGACUCGGCACCGCGGCGGACCAGCGGAGGUCCUCGUUCACCAACUCGACCCUGGCCUCUUUGCCAGACAGCACCCUGGGCACUAUCAUUGGUGGAGCUGUGGGCGGCGUGCUUGUCCUGGUCCUGGUCCUGAUCCUGGCCGCAGCCUGCUUCAUGCGCCAGCGCCGCACCUUCCGGGGCGACUACUACACCAAGCAGUACCUGGGACCCUCGGACAUGCAGAAGGAGUCUCAGCUGGACGUGCUGCAGCCGCACGAGCUGCAGGAAGUGUACGGCGACAAGGCCAGCAAAGGCAGCCAGGAUCUGAAACCCAAACUGGGCGGGGACAUCAUUUACCCCGACCACGUCCCGCAGAGCAAGGAUAGGAACGACUGGGCCGACCGGGAGGGGGACUACUACCCCGAUCACUACCACGGCCAGAACAUGCACCCCUGCGGGCCUCCGGUAGCGAACGGCUCGCCAUACAUCCCGGAGGACUGCUACAACAAUUGCACAGACGGCGACUACGUCUCCCACUUGGACGGAUCCGUCAUCUCGCGGAGGGAGUGGUACGUCUGAGGACGUGAUCAAGAGACAGAAAGACUGGAAACCACUUCCCUUUAAGGACGCCUUUGCUGCAGACAAGCCAGGACGCCUCCACGAUUUGAUCUGUAUGGGUUUACGGUGGAGGAGACGGCGCCUCAUGUUUGUGCACCUGUCUUUAAGCGCAGCGCGGGAGGUCAGGUGUAGAGACCCCUCGUUUGUGAUGCGUUUAAACCUCUUAAGUGGCUGGAAAGCUGCAUUUCAAAGAGACUCUCCUCAUGCGUGUUAAAGGGAAAGUCAGGAAAAAGGGAGCGCGAGAGGACUUCCUUCCACUUCAGUAUUGCUUUAGUUUCAACUACUGAGAAGCGGCCGCGAUAACCAAAUCGAGGUUAUUUUGGCGUCUGGAGCACCGAGUGAUCAUCAUCGCGUUUUGUUUGUCUUCUCCCUACUUUUAAUUUGGCAUCAAAGCGACGCCUUGCAGAUGUGAAGCUCACAGCUGUCAUCAUUUGGGGCUUCUGCGGCGACGCACAGCGCCGCCAUUUUCAGCGUCGGCGGAUAAGGAAAAUAACACCACGCAGAAGGAGGGGGAAGCGUCGGAAACAUUGUAGCCCGCUGACAUCACCGUCGAUCACAGAACUGUUUGGCUGCUCCCUGGAAAUGUGAUCCGCGGCUGCAAACAAAAUGACGUGAAAAAGCGUCUCAAGUCGAGAGUGCGCGCCUCCCAAAAGGACAUGUAUAUUUUCUCUCUUCACACCGACAACAAACCCGCUGACAUCAUUCUGAUCUCACAGCCCGCCGCUUGAUUUGAGCUUUUUUUCCGCCGCUCUUCCUUAGGAUUUGAGACCACACCACUUAGGGGGGCUCAGACACAAGAAGCACGUGUUGAAGUGCGUCCCGGACGAGGCGUCUCCUGCCUCCUUGGGGUUUUUAUUUUUUAUUUUUUUCAGCUUGUGGGUGCUUCCCAUCUCCGCCCUCGCAUGCCGGCCCACCCCGCCCCGCCUGGGAAUAAACCAGCUUUAAUGUCAGUUGGCCUCAAUGGCCGCACACACACAUCUGCACACACGCAGCCCACAUACGAGGAGCGGCCCUCGCCUCAAAGAACCUUAAUUUAGCCUCUCGCACUCAAUGAUUUGCAGCACGUGUUCUCUGCUCGGAGGGUCUAUCGUCAAACCCAAAACAUUGUGAGCUGAACUAAGUGAUGAAUGUCGGAGGGUUUUUAAACCUGACUUUUAGUUUAAGUUAUUGAUACCCAUUCUGUGUACAUAAUGCUUAGCAUUAGCCUUUACCGUGUACGUUCCACCACAGAUUAAAUAGCCGGUGCCUUAGAUGGUCUUCCUCGAGGCGUCUUCCAUUUUAAUAUUAAAGUUUUCAAAUGGUUCAGUCAGACAAAAGGUUGAUUGACACGCCUUAUACGCUUUUUAAACGGACGCAUGUAACGAGUUAAGUUACCAAGCGAGCCAGAAUCAUAGAAAAUAUUGUCCUGUAAAUAAGCUGGUGUUUGUUUUUGUGCAUUGAUGUGGGAAAAAAAUUGCUUUUUUUGUUUUGUAUGACUUGUUUGAUAUUCAUACGAGAGUGGUACCUCGGUUUUUGUUAGUAAUCCUUUCAAAAAUGUCCGUCAAAAUCAAAUCGUACGAAAAUCGAGGACGUUUUUGCCAUUAGAAAUCAUGUAAAUUCAAUUGAUCCAGGCCCUGCGAUGAGGUGGCAACUUGUCCAGGGUGUACCCCGCCUACCGCCCGAAUGCAGCUGAGAUAGGCUCAAGCGACCCCAAAAGGGACAAGCGGUAGAAAAUGGAUGGAUAGAUGUAUGGAUCAAUUGAUCCAAAAGGAGUCCAGGAUAAAUGAUAUCAGACACUAUGGCUUUCAUUCAAUAAUAAUGAAUACAUUCAGGAUAAAUGAUCUCAGACAUUAUCAUUCAAUAAUAAUAAUUUUUUCAUUAAAUAUUAUGAAAUUAUCAUUUUAGUAUAAAUAAUAUCAGACACUGGUUUUCAUUCAAAAAUAAAUAUUAUGAAAUGAUCAUUUUAGCAUAAAUAAUAUCAGACACUGGUUUUCAUUCAAAAAUAAUGAAUAAAUUCAGGAUAAAUGUUUUAAACACUGUGGUUUUCAUUGCAUAAUAAUGAAUACAUUCAGGAUAAAUGAUUUCAGACAGUGUGGCUUUCAUUCAAUUUUAAUGAAUACAAUUUAGGAUAAAUUAUAUCCGACGGGUUUUCAUACAAUAAUAAAUAAAUUGGGACGAAGUAAAUAAUAUCAAACUCUGAUUUUUCAUCAGAUAUGAUAAAAUUAUAAUUUCAGGAUAAAUGAUAUCACACACUGAGGUUUUCAUUCAUCCAUCAAUCCAUUUUCUACCGCUUGUCUUUUUCAGAGUCCCUUAAAAUUAGGUCAGGGUAACUUAUAUCCGACUCCGGUUUUUUAUUAAAUACUGUGAAAUUAUCAUUUCUGGAUAAAUGAUUUCAGACACUGUGGUUUUCAUGCAACAAUACCUAAAUUGAUUAAGCGUAAAUUAUAUCCUACUCUGCUCUUUCAUUAAAUAAAAUUAUAUGGAUGAUUUCAGGAUAAAUAAUAUCAAACACUGUGUAAAUAUCAUCCAAAACUGUGUUUUCAAGAAAUAUUAUUAAAUGAUUAAAUGAGGAUAAAGGAUAUCAGGUGCUGUAGUUUUCAUUCAAUAAUUCCAAAGUCUAUUCAGAAACUGCAUUGUACGAAAAUCCAAGAACAUGUUCCUGUAAGAUGUUCAGUAAAUUUAAUUUAACAAAUAAUAACACGUUGAGGAUGAAUGAUAUCAGACACUGUGGUUUUCAUUCAAUAACAGGGUAAGGAUAUAUAAUUAAUUCCGGAUGAAUGACACCAGGUACUAAUUUUCAUUAAAUAAUAACGUUGAAUUCAGAAGCACUGAUAUCAGACAUUUUUUUUUAAUAAUCAUAAAUGAAUUCCGUACAAAUUAUAUGAGACACUGUGGUUUUUCAUGAAGUACUACUGAAUAUUUCAGGGUUAGUAAUAUCAGAUUCACUUUUAAUACAUGAAUUCAGGAUACAUUAUAUCAGACAGUCUUUCAUUUAUUACUAAUAAAUCUAUUCAGGAUGACUGUAGUUUUCAUUGAAUAAGACCUUAAUUAUUUCCAAAAACAAAUCAUUUCAAUCAAUCCAUUCAGGAUUUUAACAAAACACAUAUAAUGGGGAAUAGUCAUAUGAUAUGUUGUACUCUAAAGAUAAUAUAUUAAAUGAAUAUUUAACAUCACUUACCUUUAAUCAGGACUUUUGUUGGCAAAGACGGCGAUGAGCAAAGUGGGAGGAAACCAUGGGAGGGGGCGGAGCCACACUAACACCACCCUGUACUUUCCCACCCCAGUUAUUUCUAGAAUCGAACAAUGUUUCUCACCUUCUUCAUCAAAGUGCUGGCACUCACAACUUUAUUCGCCCCCAAAGUAGAUUAUUUUGCAGUCAUGCUGAAUAAAAAAGUAGAAAGAUCAGCUGAGUCUUACCUUGGCCAGGGAUUUUUUUUUUUCCAAUUUGAGAAAACACGACUCGUUUGUAACCCACAAUAUUUGGCCGUACGAAAACCGGGACAAACUGUUGGCAAAUAAGAACCGAGGUACCACGGUAUUAGUUGACCCUGUUUGACGAAUAUGGAGCAUUUAGUGUUGUUCUCGACCCAUGAACUUUUUGUACGGGAUGAUGGCGGUCUCACAGGAAGCGGAGAUGAACGUGUGUCAGUUGUUGUUGUGUUUGCAAUAAAGUAAAACCACAUUAUUGCA